AUGGCGGCUACUCGUUAUGGUUUUCCUAAAGAUGUUAAAAGGAGAGAGGCCUGGAUUCAGUUCGUAAAUAAAGAGAACUGGGAACCCAGGAAAGGUAGCAAAUUAUGUACAAGACAUUUUGAAGAGAGGCAUGUAGAUAGGACUUCCUUAGCUCAUCCUAUUCGUUUGCGAGAAAAUGCAAUCCCUACAAUUGGUGAAUCUCAGGUGCUACAAAUGCAGGAGAAUUCAAAAGUGAGGAUAUUAUCUAAUAUCAGUAUAAUGUCAGAAAGGAACGUAAUUUCCAAUGUAUCUCCAGAUAUUCCUAGUACAUCAUGUGAGUUAACUCCUAGGAAGUGGAAGAUAUCUAAAGAAUUAGGUCGUUCGCAGAAAAUUAGUAGUGAACGAAAACGAAGAUUAAGGAAUGUUCGUCGAAGACUACAAAGAAGUGAGAAACAAGUAGCUAACAUGAAGAAUGUAAUUGAGAAACUCAAGAAAACAAGAUUUAAGGACGUCAAAUAA